CAGUGGUGUUCAGUCUCUCCCUCACCAUAGUCUGACACAUUUACCUGCUCACACGCAGCUCUGAAUGCAAGCUAUCUCUGUUAGUGAUCACCAUCACUGUCAUCUCCUUCCCCAGAUCUGUUUUCCUUAGCAUGUUUUGCUCACUUCACAGCUUAGUCCAGAUGUAAAGAGAUGCUAACGGAUGGAGCUGAUCCUCUGAGCUGAAUUCCUACAUAAACCCAGGAAUCUAUUAGAACACUGGAACUUUAUGUCACUUGUGGAGCAUAAUGGUCUGCCUCAGCUACUGUUAUUCGCAUAACGAUGGUUUUUCCGGACAGCAGAUAACAUGAUCGAUUAUCUGGGUCUGCUGUGACUUUUUAUUUGUACAUUUUAUUGAGACAUUAUCUAGAGAGGAUCCUUGGAAAGGAGAGUGCUCUACAAUGCUUACAGAGAGGGCUCACAGACUGUUAGCCUAUGGAUUCUACCUAUGGAUCUUACAGUUCCUGACAUUUCUAGGAGAGUCCCAUCAAGGUGAAUACCAAAGGAGGCUUUACAGGGAUCUUCUCCGCAAUUACAAUCGUCUUGAACGACCUGUGGUGAAUGAUUCGCAACCUUUACUUGUGGAACUGCAACUUUCUCUCCUUCAAAUCAUUGAUGUGGAUGAGAAGAAUCAGGUCUUGAUAACAAAUGCAUGGCUUCAAAUUUACUGGAAUGAUUUCUACCUAACAUGGGAUCAAUCAGAAUUUCCUGGAGUACAAACACUUCGUUUUCCUUCUGAUCAGAUAUGGGUACCAGAUAUACUCCUAUACAACAGUGCGGAUGAGAGAUUUGAUGCAACAUUUCACACUAAUGUCUUGGUGAACUCUUCAGGCGCUUGUCAGUAUAUCCCACCAGGAAUAUUAAAGAGCACUUGCUAUAUUGAUGUCCGAUGGUUUCCUUUUGAUGUUCAGAAAUGCAAGUUAAAAUUUGGAUCAUGGACCCAUAACGGUUGGUUGCUCGACCUCCAGAUGCUUGAAGCUGAUAUUUCAAAUUACAUUUCCAAUGGAGAAUGGGACCUAGUUGAUGUACCAGGUAAAAGGAAUGAACUAUACUAUGAAUGCUGCAAAGAACCAUACCCUGAUGUGACGUAUACAGUGACAAUGCGAAGACGCACUUUGUAUUAUGGCUUAAAUCUUUUGAUUCCCUGUGUCCUUAUAUCUGGAUUGGCACUUCUAGUGUUCCUUCUACCGGCUGAUUCAGGAGAGAAGAUUUCAUUAGGAAUCACUGUGCUGCUUUCACUAACUGUAUUCAUGCUGCUGGUGGCAGAGAUUAUGCCUGCAACAUCAGAUUCUGUGCCUCUAAUUGCUCAGUAUUUCGCCAGCAUCAUGGUCAUUGUUGGUCUGUCGGUGGUGGUCACAGUCCUGGUGUUGCAAUUUCACCAUCACGAUCCACAAGCAGGAAAAAUGCCUAAAUGGGUACGGGUGAUUCUGUUGAAUUGGUGCGCCUGGUUUUUACGGAUGAAAAAACCUGGAGAGAAUAAACGACCUAUGCCUUGUAAAUACAUUUACCCAAACCAUCAUUCCAGCAUUAGCAGCAUUGAAAUGAAUGUUGUGCAUGGGCACCAUUCCACUAAUGGAAACAUGACCUACUGUGGAUACCACACAUUGGAGAGCCCAUGCUGUCCUCCGGGCAGCGACUCUGCAGUUAUGUGUGGCCGAGUGACUUGCCCGUCUCUUGAAGACAGUGAUCUCAUUCAGAAGAAAUGCUUAAAAGAGAGUAUGCCAGAAAUUGUUAAGAUUUUAGAGGAGGUUCAGUACAUUGCAAGACGAUUCAGAGAACAAGAUGAAGGAGAGGAGAUCUGCAGUGAAUGGAAAUUUGCUGCGGCUGUCAUAGACCGCUUGUGUCUUGUUGCAUUUUCACUUUUCGCCAUUAUCUGUACAUUUACAAUCUUGAUGUCGGCUCCAAACUUCGUAGAAGCAGUGUCUAAGGAUUUUACUUAGGGAAAUGUCUUACUACUAUUAAUACAAGUACAAACUUAACUUCAAAUAAGUCGAAAUGUUGUUGAUUGUUGUGUCUAGAAGUGUUAUAUAACGAAUAACAGCUGUAUAUUUCAUCAAGCUACAGAGAGAAAUAACACACCAUCAAAAAUUUGCCUAAAACAUACAUUUUAUCGAGGGAUUUCUUUUUUUAUGGUUCUAUAUUUUUCAACUUAGAUGUAUUUAAUGCCCAUACACAUGCAUUCUCAGUUGUUAUGCAGUUAAAUGUAGGGGAAUGUGAGCAAGACACAUAAUGUUUUACUCGAGGUAUUCAAUCAGAAUCAAUCAAUCACAGCAUUUCAAAAGAUCAUUCUAAACUGCCUGUAAUAAAACAUUAUUGGAGAAGACAUAAUAAUGUAGCCAAGCAUCUCAUGUUUCAACAUGUCAUUAAAUAGUAAGGACUCACGUCCAUUAAGUUCAACCUUUCAUGCAUCUGCUUAUGCUGUUGAUCAAAAAGAAACCAAGAAACACAAUCUGAAAUCAUUUACAAUUGUAAAAACGUAAAGGAAAAAAAAACCUUAUUAACUCCAUCACAGCGAACACAUUUCUCCUGUUGUGACAACAAAAUAGAAGCUAAUCUAAUGUGUUUUUGCAAGCUAUAUCAUGUUGAAAAUGAUCAGCGUUAUUAAUCUGCAUCACGGCCAUGAGUAACGGACAUUGGCGACCAAUAAUCACAUCUUCAUGCGCCUCACAGGGUUGUAUGUUAUUACAUUUGAUGUGAUACUAUGCGUAUUGAGAUCUUUGGUUAUUGUGUUAUUAAGAAACAUUCAUGUCAGUGCCAUAAACACAACAAUGUCUAAUAAAAAUGUAAAACUUG